AUGGUUACUUGGAUUGGUCGACUUUUUCAUGUCAAUCAACUUCUGCUAGUCUGUCGAAUUACUGUAGUUAAUGAUCAUGAACUGGAUGUAACAAUUAUGCGUAUCGAUCAUAGCAUUGUUGGUGGUGUAUUCAAUGAAGGAUUUGAAUCAGUGUUUGAGACUUUUUAUUGGUAUGAAUUGGCGUGCCAUGUACCUGAGAUAAAAUCUAAUCCAGCACGAAGUGAAAAGCACAAUAACAAUGCCGAUGUGCUCCAUUUUGCUGAUAAAUACUUUGGUCUAAGUGACACUGCCACCCUUAUCAUUGCGGACGGUCUCGAAUUCAUUAUGGCUCAAGACUCCAAUACAUUUGAAUUAAUUGUGCACGAUGUAUUUAGUGGUUCACUCAUGCGUAGUCAUUAUAUUGAAGAAUUGAUCUCCAACUGUUUUAGGAUACUAUCCAACAGCGGUAUUUUAGUUCUUAACUUAGUUUCCACCGUUCAAAUGGAAGUUCUACACAGUUUGAUUGAGCAACUUCAAUGUGUUUUCAAACAAAUCCGAUGUUUUUGUGAAGAUGGUGUCAGUUCAGUUACGACUGGUGCACUUGUCAACUUUAUUUUCUUUGCCAGUAAAAACGACCAACUACUACAAUUUGAUACAUCUAAUCAUAAUCGCGCUUCUGCGAGUGCCUUUGGAAAACUUAGCUCAAGUGAAAUUGAGGAUGAAGAUGAGAGCGAAUGCUUGUUACUUUCAUUCACACAAUCUCGCUCGAACUCGAACUAUAGCAGAAAAAAAAAAGAUUCACAAUAUAAUUACCUUCACCCACAAAGAAAUAUAUAA